GACCAAAAACAAAAAACUUGGGAUACGGUAUGUCCUUGAACUGUUUGGCACCUAUAUCAGUCACAUAAUCACAAUUCACAAGGCAAAAGAAUACAGGGAAAAGUGGGUAUGGGUUCCUCCAACAUGAUCAUAUACGUUGGAUUCUGGCUCUGGCAUGCUUCUGUUCUACUGCUGCUUACUUCCAACUUUGCUCUUGCACAAUCGAUCAUCAAGAACUUGCCAGCCUUUCAUGGUGACCUCCCUUUCAAGCUUGAAACUGGGUAUGUGGGCGUGGGAGAUUCGGAAGAGGUGCAGCUGUUCUACUACCUUGUUGAGUCAGAAAGGAGUCCAGAAAAUGAUCCUCUGCUGAUUUGGCUGACAGGAGGUCCUCGAUGCUCUUCGUUUUAUGGCCUCAUCUAUGAAAUUGGUCCAAUGUCUUUUGAACUUACAAAUUUAUCGACGGAUCCAUUAACACUAGUUCUGAAUCCAAACUCAUGGAACAAGGUAGCAAACAUAAUAUUCGUAGAUGCCCCUGCUGGUACUGGUUACUCCUACUCUACAACUUCCCAUGGGUUAAUCUCUAGUGAUACGUUACAUUCAACCCGGAUUUAUGAGUUUCUGUUAAAGUGGAUUACAGCGCAUCCCAAGUUUCUUGCAAAUUCGUUCUAUGUUGCUGGUGAUUCUUACUCUGGCAAAAUCGUUCCCAUCAUUGCCCUGCAGAUAACUGAUGGUAUUGAAGCUGGAAUCAAGCCAAAUUUGAAUCUCAAGGGAUACAUAGUUGGCAAUCCAGUUUCAAAUGGACAGCAGGAUGUUAAUUCAAGAAUUGUGUAUGCUCAUCAGCUGGGACUUAUAUCAGAUAGGAUAUAUCAGUCAGCUAACAAGAAUUGCAAGGGCGAAUUUGUGGAUCUCGAUCCAAACAAUAAACUGUGCCUGAACAGCCUUCAAGCAAUUGAUGAGUGCAUUGGGAGAAUUGAUAAUGAACAUAUAUUGGCACCAUUUUGCCUUCCAGAUAUCAACGAAAACCCCCAAAAUUCUAUUCUGGAGAUGAACUGGGAGUCUAAUGAUGACAGUUUCUUAGACUUUUCGUUUCCUAUGGUACACAUGUGUAGGGAAGAUAAAAUUCGGUAUUCUGUUCUUUGGCAAAAUGAUAUGAAUGUUCGCAAUGCUCUUAACAUUCGGGAGGGAACAAAGGGGCAAUGGACUAAAUGCAAUAAAACUACUCCCUAUACUUUUGACAUCGCAAGUAAUAUUGAGUAUCAUCGAAAUCUUAGCCAAAAGUCCCUUCGUGCUCUAAUCUACAGUGGUGAUCAUGACAUGAGUGUUCCAUAUAUAAGUACACUAGCAUGGAUAGAAUCUAUGAACUUUACAAUUGAAGAGGAUUGGAGACCAUGGUUCUCUAAUGAUCAAGUUGCAGGAUACACACUUUACUAUUCAAAUAAAGAGUAUAAUUUGACAUAUGCGACUAUCAAGGGAGGAGGACAUACAGCUCCAGAAUACAAUCCAAAGGAAUGUUUUGAUAUGAUCAGUAGGUGGCUAGCGCAUGCACCUUUGUAAUUUUAUCAGUAUCUAUUUUUUUCUACAGAGAUGAAACUUUACAUAGCUUCUUUUGAGUGAAAUACUAUACGUUCAUUUGCAGGAGUUUAUAGCUCCAUAGUAUAGUUGGUUUUAGAUUGUAUACGAUAACUUCAUCAUGACAUCAAAUUACACAAUUCAUCCACUUCCCAAGCAAAAUUGAGCAUGUUGCUAUAUUUUCUUCUAUUUUUGUCAAAAGUGAUGAAACUUAUUGAUUC